AGAAAAUCCACCAAAGUCUGUGAGUCAACAGUGGAGGGCAGUAAGCUUCAUUUCCUGCAAAAACACCGGAAAGAGAAGAAGACAGACAUCAACAGAGUGAAACUAUGGCGAAUGACAAGAAUCCUCUUGGCCAACUCAAGGACCUGGUUGAGUUGAAAGACCAGCUGGAGGACAUUCAGAGACGGGUUGAAGAUGAGAUCCAGGCCGGAGUCCCUCCAGGAGGCAGUCUGCUGGCUUCUCCUUUCUUGAAGGGUUUUCUAGCCGGGUACGUCGUCGCCAGGCUACGCUCUUCAGCUUUGAUGGGCGUUGUCGUGGGAACAUGUACGGGAAUAUAUGCGGCACAAAACUAUGCUGUUCCCAACAUUGAAGACACCAUCAAAGACUACAUGCGCAACCUGAAAGGAGGAAGCAAGUAAGAAGAAGAAAAGGAGGAAAAUUCAGAGGACAAGAGAGGAGCAAGGCGGAAGAUGUACAUCUACAAAACGAGGGUGCGAGUACAGCUGCACGGGAACAGAUAUGCAUUUCAAAAGCUAAGAAAUUUUCAGAGGUUUGUAAUUUCAUCAUCAAGUAGGGAAUCUCUUAACUAGCGAGCCAUGGUAUCCUUACAGCGAUUCAUGUCUUUUCAUCUCCAGGUUUUCAUCAAUCCCCUUAAAAUUUAUCUUUGUGUGUCUGAGUACAAAUUUGGAAGUUUUGGCUAAAUGAAAAUGAUCCCUUCAUGCCUUAGAAUAACUUAAAUGUGCAGAUCUAUGAAGUCCCUUCCUCCUAUCUCUCCCUACCAGCUCCACCAUUUGCUGCAACUUGAGCACACCGGCUCACCUCCAGCUGUAAUCAAAUACUGUAAAACUAUUCUACGCUACACAAUGACAAAUUCUAUUGUAAUUCAACCAUACAUGUUAGAACUGGAAACCAAACAAAGAGAAUGACACGGAAAGCCCAACCUUACAAGCUAGUAGGAUUGGAUCUUUAGGUUUGGUUUUAAGACUGUCAUCACUUCACUGCAGUCACAGGGUGGAAAUUCUCAGCUGCAGCGUGGACAGGUUAUUUCACUCACAAUAUGUGUCAUUACAUACAAAAAGAACACCAUAUGUAAAUGUUAACAGGGUGAAAAAAGGUGAAUUUCAGCAAAGGGGGUCUUUAAUUUUCCACGUUUGCAAAAAGGUCGACAAAAAUGCACUUUCUAACAAGUAUGUGGAAGGAUUUGUAAUUUUGUCAACCGCAGAUAAAGACGACUUUAUUUUUUUGUGGUCAAUGAUUAAAAUUUACUACCAAGAUUAUAAAUUAUAGCUGCUGUAAUUGAUUUCUGCACUUAACGUCCAGCCUGGAAUGACAAUACAUGCUUUCCAAAACUGUAUUUACGAGCCAACCAAUAUAUGUAAGACAGCUGUGUUGGCGUUUUCACUUCCUCACUAAAGAAAAACCCAGCACGUUGCUUUUUUGACUUGUUCAGUUAUAGCAAUAAUGUAAGUCUUAGAAAUUGGUUUUGUCGUCCUCUUUCUGUCUUCUGCCCUCUAGUGUUCAAAAAUCAGUAACAGCAGCUUUGUCUAAUUGGCACUUUUUCGCUCGGGGGGUAAAAAUUGCCUCAGCUCACAUCUCACAGUGCUUCUUUGUGUAAAACUUGUCAAAACCCGUCGUGGUUCUUGUUAGUUUUCACAUCGUUUGCAGGUGUUGCAGCAAAGUCUGUGGUGUGAAGUGAUGUGUUUCUGCAGGUGUAGAAACCCUCCUUUUCCUUGCAGAUUACACUCCUGAUCUCUGUAGACUUUUCAGCUAUUUCACAUUGUACACGUAGAAAUGACUCCAAAAAUUACACUCCAUUCAAAAAUACAGUAUACCUAUAAUUUGAAAAAAAAAAUUCCACCUUAUACUGAUGAACAGACUAAGACCUUGGGAACAUCAAAAGCAAAUAACCUGUAUGCCAAAGCAAGAAUCUGUUUAAAGAUGCAGUUUUGGGGAUUUUAAUAAAACAGGGAAAUGUGUGUUAACAGUGUUUAAUGUAAAAUGUAUAUUAAGAGUGCCUACUCUGGUGUGGACUUGAUCAUCUCAUGCCAUGUGUGCAAUAGCCUUUUUCUGACGGGAUCUGGCUGCCUAUUUCAGAUGCUGGAAACGAGCUGAUCUUUUGCACUUGUGUGAGUUUUAAGGAGUUGAAGCUGUUACUUUCAAUCUUAUUUGACACGACUUCUCCAAUCCUGUCAAAGAAAGUGAGAAAUGUUUAUUAUAUCAUGUUAUGAGCUGUACGUACUUUCGCUGUUUUUUUUUUUUUUUACAUCCAUUGGUUGAUUGUUUUGUCCAUAAACAAUGCUGCUGCAGGACUUAGUGCGUAGAAAAAUAUAAAAAUAAUAGUAGCAUAAUUUAUAAUCGAGCAAAUAUGAUUAGAGUUUUCAUUUUGCAGGGUGCAUAUUUCAUUACAUGCACAUUAACGAAACCUCUACUUUUCACAAUAAGUCUUUAGUUUAAAUCUGCAGUUUUUCAAAAAUACAUUUGUGAACACUACAGUAUACAGCGACUUGAGAAUAAAAACUUGUUUCUUAUCAAAGAAAAACCAGUAAAAUUGCACUAAAAUGGUUUUAUUUGCUCUACUGUCGCUGUUGUUGCCAUUGAACUUCAGCUCCAGAUGGGCCUUUAAGAGAUAUUUAGACAUAUAAGCCAUAAAGGAGGAACAUGUUUUGAGUUUUUUUCUAAGAUUGCGCUCAUGUUUUGACUGGAAGGUGUGCUGGAAAAAUAAGUGUAUGUUUGGUGACCAACCCAGAAACAACUUGUGCCUAUUGACAAUCAUUGUGAUGCAUGUUCUCAGUCGAUUGAUUUCCUGUCUAUUAUCAUGUUUUGCUUUUUUUUUUUAAGUAAUAACCUUUCUGGAAUAUAGAUUAAGACGGGUCAGUUGAUGGUGCUUUAUUUCAGUGGCUGGUUUCAUUUAUAUGAGAUAUGAAAUUCCACUGUGACACUAUCAGAAAAGAAGUCCACCAAAACUGUCUUUAUGUGGUUUAUUUGGGCUGUUUGAAUAAACUGACACAAUGCCGAUCAGAAA